AUGGAAAAAAUCUAUAAGUGUAAAUAUUGUGAUUUAGCAUUUACAUCGAAAAUAUUCCGAGCUAAACAUACACGAAUUCAUACUUUAGAAAAACCUCAUAAAAAACGAAUUCAUGGCGUUGAACAUAUAUCAAACAAAAAUAAACCUAUUCAAAUUGAAGAAAAACCACCGAAAACAGAAAAACCGCCGACGAUUACGGUUGAAAAAAUUUAUAAAUGUAAAUAUUGUAAUUUAACAUUUUCAUCAAAACUAUUUCGAGCGAAACAUAAACGAAUUCAUACGCAAGAAAAACCGUUCUCAUGUGAUGUUUGUGAUAAAAAAUUUACAUUUAAAAAUAGUUUGGUUGCACAUAAAAAAUACGUGCAUCUUGCUGAAAAAAAUUUCUCAUGUGAUGUUUGUGACAAAGCAUUUACACGACCAGAACGUUUAGUUAUACAUAAACGACUUCAUACAGGCGAACAACCUUAUUCAUGUGAAAUUUGUGAUCAAAAAUUUGCUAGUCCAUCUGCUUAUUCCUGUCACCAACAAACCCACACCGGAAAACCAUAUAUUUGUGAUGUUUGUAAUAAAACUUUUACUGUACGAAAAGCUUUAGAACAACAUCGAUUAAUUCACACGGGGGAAAAACCAUUUUCAUGCGAUGUUUGUGGGAAAACGUUUAAUCAUCAAGGGAAUUUAAAUCAACAUAAACGAAUUCAUACCGAAGAUGGAACUGAAAGAGAAAAAUCUUUUAAAUGUAAUGUUUGUGAUAAGAGUUUCGCGUAUAAAACUAAUUUAACUUAUCAUAGUCGAAUUCAUACCGGAGAAAAACCAUAUACGUGUGAUAUUUGUGAUAAAUCUUUUGCUAGAAAUAGUAUUUUAGUUCAACAUAAACGUAUACACACGGGGGAAAAACCAUUUUCGUGUGAUAUUUGUAAUCAGAAAUUUUCUCGACUAAAUGAUGUUAAUAAACAUAAAAAACGAAUUCAUUUAAUCGAUUCUUCAGGUAAAGAUGAAACCAUUCAAAUUGAACAAGUUUUACAAAGGGAAAUGACGAUUAAAAAUGAAAAUGGAGAUAUUGAAGAAGUUUUAGAAGAAUCCAAUACUUCUGUUAGUUCUGUUGCAGUUGGACAAACAUUUUCUGAUCAAAGUAAUUUAACAAAUUAA